UUAAAUGCCAUAGCUUCCCUCAACCUGGAUUCUCCAAGCAUUGUUAUAACUCUGAGUGAGCCAAAAGUCAGCCAGCUCUGUGUGCGUAAACAUUCCUCUCUAUUAGAGGCUGUCCUGGCCCAACAGCGUAUAAGAGAACGAGGCCAUUGUGCUGAGGUGCCAGAGUGGCCGGGUGGCCAGCUGCCGUGUGGUUGAGGAAGGAGGAACAGGCGGUGAUUUACUGCUGCAGUCGGUAAGAUAGAACUCCCUCUGUAUCUUCAAGUGUGGUGGUGGACUUCUCAAUUGAGAAUGCCAAGCAGGUAGAACGACAUGACAUGACUACCCUAAGCCUGCCCCUGAACAUACGCCGAGGCGGGUCGGACACCAACCUCAACUUUGACGUACCAGAUGGCAUCCUGGACUUCCACAAGGUCAAACUAAGUGCAGACAGCCUGAAACAAAAAAUUCUUAAGGUAACAGAGCAGAUCAAAAUCGAGCAGACAUCGCGUGACGGGAACGUUGCCGAGUAUCUGAAACUAGUCAGCAGCGCCGACAAACAGCAGGCUGGCCGUAUCAAACAAGUCUUUGAGAAGAAGAAUCAGAAAUCAGCUCACUCCAUUGCCCAGCUGCAGAAGAAGUUAGAACAGUACCACAGAAAGCUCAGGGAGAUCGAACAGAAUGGAGCCUCCAGAAGCUCAAAGGACGUUUCCAAAGACAACCUGAAGGACAUCCAGCACUCCCUGAAAGAUGCCCACGCCAAGUCUCGAACUGCCCCGCACAGCAUGGAGAGCAGUAAAUCGGGCAUGCCCGGGGUCUCCCUCACUCCACCUGUAUUUGUCUUCAGUAAGUCUAGAGAGUUUGCCAAUUUGAUCCGGAAUAAGUUUGGCAGUGCAGACAACAUCGCUCACUUAAAAAAUUCCUUAGAUGAGUUUAGGCCUGAGGCAAGCGCCAGGGGCUACGGUGGCAGCGCAACCAUCGUGGACAAGCCCAAGUACGGCAGCGACGACGAGUGUUCGAGCGGCACGUCGGGCUCCGCGGACAGUAACGGGAACCAGUCGUUCGGGGCCGGCGGAGCAGGCACACUGGACAGCCAGGGGAAGCUCACCGUGAUCCUGGAGGAAUUGAGGGAGAUCAAGGACACCCAGGCACAGCUGGCCGAGGACAUCGAGGCGCUGAAGGUGCAGUUUAAGAGAGAAUAUGGUUUUAUUUCUCAGACCCUGCAAGAGGAGAGAUACAGGUACGAGCGACUGGAAGACCAGCUCCAUGACCUGACGGACCUGCAUCAGCACGAGAUGGCCGACCUGAAGCAGGAGCUGGCCAGCAUCGAGGAGAAGGUGGCCUACCAGGCCUACGAGCGCUCGCGGGACGUCCAGGAAGCCUUGGAGUCCUGCCAGACUCGCAUUUCUAAGCUGGAGCUGCACCAGCAGGAGCAGCAAGCUCUGCAGACAGACACAGUGAACGCCAAAGUUCUGCUGGGGAAGUGCAUCAACGUGGUCCUGGCCUUCAUGACUGUCAUCUUGGUGUGCGUGUCCACCAUCGCGAAGUUUGUCUCGCCCAUGAUGAAGAGCCGCUUUCACAUUCUCGGCACCUUCUUUGCUGUGACUCUUCUGGCAAUAUUUUGUAAAAACUGGGACCAUAUUCUGUGUGCCAUAGAAAGGAUAAUAAUACCCAGAUGAAACCACUGGUUCCCAUCUUCAAGUUUCUUCAAGUUUUUAUUUUAAAGGGAACUCUGUGCAUACUACCAAAUUUCCAAAUGAACAGUUGUGCCAACUGAAGAUUACCGGAAGGGCUGGGGCUGUGUGUUGUAAAUAACUACAAUUCUCUUAACUCGGUAGCAGUCACCAGCCAGUCCUCAGUCCCUGUGCCUGGUUAACAUGUGUCUGUUUCAGAAGCUCGCCCCACACUGCUCACUGCCUUAAUCGGACCAGAUUUCCUGCCUGCCUGACUCACCCAGCAUGGUAGACCUCUGGUUGUUGAGCACUUGGCGUAAUUAGUGGCUCAGAAGAAAAGGGAAUUUCAGUCUCUAUCUCAAGUCUCUAUCAAAAUUGAGCUCACCAUUGUUAGUGGCCAUGUUUUCCCCGAGUCCUCUAAGUAGCAAGGGUGCAGCACGAAUCAGGGAAGGGAAAAGCCCAGGCACUGACUGUGUCAACCUCUCACGGCUGAUGGAAGUGCAGGACAUCCUUGUGUGAUCCAUCCCAAUGGUCCGCAGUUGGCCACAGUUCCCGUAUGUGCCCAGUGUCCACAGUGGUCAUUUACGUGUGACUCUCUGUGACAUGGAAAUCUUAUUUUACACCAUGUAUUCACCCAAAGUCUCACUUAGUUGCUCUGUUGCACUUUAAAUGGUAAGACACGAGGGUGUGUGAAUGAGGCUUCUGCCUUCUCAUGCCCUCGGAGCCACACACCUGAUUGCAUCCUAACUGGCUGCCAAAUGCCCAGCCUCCAAAGCACGGAGAAAUGUUUCCCAUCCCUCAUCAGACUGCAGCUUUAACAUGGGAGUCCUGUGAGCACUACUCUGGAGGUUUGUAAUUCGACACACCUUGAUUUUGAUAACCCCCCAUGAGGGUGUGAUUCACUUUAUUUGCAGGUCUGCGAGGGGUUGCAAAGCUCCCUCAGUAAAUGAAAACACAUGAUGCUUGUGUUGCGGGGUUUUUUUUUCGUUAAGAAGGAAAACUGAAUCAUAGUUUCUAAAGCUGAAGUGCACUAAGGUAGGAACACUGGAAGCAGGAGGAAGUAUGACACGUGUCUAACUGGAUGGCAGCUAGAUGGGUGGGAGCCAUUUGCCUGGAUGAGGAUUGAGAGGGUCCGCUCAGGACCCUGAGAGACCAGCCAGAAUAAGAUAAAUUAGACGCUGUGUCUGAGCCAGUGUUGCCAUCUGUCUUCUAGGAUCUCACUGAAAAUAAGUCCUACGAUAACAGUGGCAACAAUUCCACAUUCCCACGAGGGCAGCGUCUUUGGCCUAUUUGGGAGAUGAGUGACACUGUCCGUUAAAUCUGUCCCUCUGUCCACUAAAUCUGUCCCUCUGUCCACAUGAAAGGAAACUGCUCCCUAGGCCCUCACCUCCCACUUCCAUUAUCUGGGGCAUAAAGGUGCAUGUUGGUGAACAUUUUCUUCCAGAAAACAUCAAGUGACCUGGAUUUGAAUUAAGUGCAAUAUUUUGCAAACAGCUGCUUGUAGGGAAAUCUCCUGAAAAAAUGUGAUGGUGCACCACGGUUUGAAAGAGCGGAGUUGUCGGGCACUUGGUGCAACUCUGGGUGUGAGUCUCACAACAUGAGCUUUUUGGUUUUUUAGGGUUAUAAUCAGUUCACAAACUUAUACAGCUCUCACCAUCACCUAAUUCCAGACACGAGCUUUUUAAGACAUAAACACAAUUUCAUGAAAUCAUCGGCUGUGGGAAUCCAGUGAUUUAGGGAAGAGGACUCAGGAAAGAGGGAGUUACUAGUCCCAUCUGCAUCUCAUGGCUGUCUCCUAUCACUGGCAGGCUCUCCCUGGGUCUGCCAAGCUUGCUGUAAAUACACUGUGUUCCAUCAAAUCCAGGGGACAGAGACAGGUUCCAGGUCCAGGGAAGUCAGGGAGAGAGAACAGUGCACUUCCUUAUGCGUUUAUAUUUCUGUGGCCAGCCACCCCCCUUUACCUGUGGGCAUCAGCCUCCAUGAGGGCUCAGGGCUGGGUGUAACUUACAUACUUGCAUCAGGCUGGGUCCCAGGUAGGCCCCUCUUGAUGUCUGUGAACCCUUCUGCAGCACUGUGACAUGCCAGGGUCUGGGGUGGGUAUAGGUGCUGCUGGUAGUUUAGCAAGAAUGGGUGAGAGCUCCAGCCCUGAACUAAGGGUUCUGGGGCAUCUAGGAAGACAUUGUCCUGCCGUCACCACAUGCCACUCCGUGGCUCAGCCUAGCACGUUUGCUGUGACACUUCCCAGACCUGCGGUCAGUGUGUGCUCCCCAGUGAGAGAAGUGAAGGGAGUGGGGAGCUGCACACUCCAACCCCUGCAGUCUGGCGCAGUGGGCAAGCUGCCAGAACUGGCCAGUCUGAAAUAGUGUAGUGCCUAAAUCAUUGCACCUCGCCGUGAGUUCUUUUACAGAGUUCCUAUUUUUGGUGAUUCUCAUUAGACACUGGAUUAGUUUGUUCUCACUUGGACAUGCUCAACCUACACGGCAUAUUUAUUUUAGAGUUUCGUUGAAAGUUCAUGAAGCUUUCUAGUUGAUGGUGUACCCCAAGGGUGCUUUUACUCUCUGUAGUUUAUUCUCUUCUUGAGGAAUAAACUCUCCCACCGCCUGUUUUUCUGCACUGCGUAAGGAAAUUAAAUAAAAUGUUAUUUAAGUAUACAACUAAAAUAGUGUUCAAGCUAUGACAUGUCCUGAAACUGGAUAUUUAAUUAACAUUUAAGCCAACUAAUCCCUUUUCCCCACCUUACCUUGGUAGUAAACACCUUGUGCAUCCCUACUGAAGCCAGUUGUGGGACGGGCGGGCACCUGCUCAUCCAGUGAACUCACUGAGGCAUUUAAAUAUUGGACGUGGGAUUCUAGCACUGGAAUGUUUGGUGACAUUAUUUUCAUGAUUGCCAAGACAAUGAGAGUUUGCUGAGGCGAAAACAAGAACCUUUAUGGGUUUUGAGUUGGCUAUUCCAGCUUAUAUUUUGAGUAUGAUUAAGCCAGAGCAGAACACUAUCCCCCCCAAAAUAAAUAAAUACAUUUAAAGCCACAACAAAGAGGCAGUAAAUAAAAGUCCUGUAUUGCUGAUUUGGGGCAGUGAAAGUUUCUAGCGCCUGCCUUUUGUACUUACGUGCUCACUCUGAUCUCCUGGUAGAUGGAAACCUGAAACCCCUCCUCUUCUCACUUCCGCCCGCUGCUCUUACCCCUCUCUGCCACUCCACAUCCCUGUGAGCUUACCCCUCCCCUGCUUUGUCGUCUUGUUCUCACCGAAAUAUUGCCCCACGGUGUCUGUUCAUCACCCUUCCAUUCUUCUAGCCUAUGAGAUUUCAUAAUGGGUUCGAUGAUAGUGCCAGGAACUGGCUCCCCUGGGGCAACUCAUUACCUUUGUCCUUUUUGUUUGGAUUUUAAAUACCAAGUUAUUUUGCAUUGAAUGGGAACAUUUCUUUUGCAUUGAAACCAAACAUAGUUGUACUGGUUUGGAAAGACAUUUAAUUAUACUUACUAAUAUGAAUGUGAGUAUUAAAUAAACCUAUUUUGCAUAUUUGUAUAAUUUUGAGGAACCAGUGGUAGGACAAAGUGGCAUUAUUUAAAAUUCAGGGCUUUAUCUGGAGGGAGAUAUUUCAAGAAAUUUAGCAUAUGUGCUAAGGAAAGAGUUGAUCUAAAAAAACCGAGUCACUGAAAACUGUGAGAUUGGCCUGUUUACCUCAGAAGUAGUUACGAAGUUUAAGAAAAUGGUGUAGGUAAUUAGUAUUUGAAACCCAUAAGAUAUAAAGCAGAAUCAACCUAUAAUUUUCUAAAAUCACUACAAUUUCUGUUUCUGAGAAGCUGGAAAGUAAUGUACCUGAAUUGUUUUAGGAAUGAUUUGUGUGUGGCAAUUUUAAUUUAUGUAUUUAAAGCAUGUCUCACUGUGUUUGUCCUAAGAGAAAUGUUUCAACCAAAUGUGCUGUGUGUUAAUGUUUAAGCAGUAGAUAGUGGCUCUGGAAGUAAAAACUGGAAAUGUUUAUUGUGUGCUCCAUCGCAUCAUUUCUGCUUUGUGGGAUACUAUAUUCAUGUCAGCCUAGAACUGUAAGUUCUCUGCAGAUCACCCCAUUCAAAGCAGGUGCCAUUAUUUUUUUAAAAUAAACACUUGAUGUUAGCUUUGAUGUUAAAUAAAGAGCUAGAUUUCUUAAAA